AUGUCUGCACUCCAGAAAACCAUCAAAGUGGAAAAGGACAGCGACACUGAAGGUGACUUAAAUUCUUCAGCGGGGGACGCAGGUUGCUCUGACCAGAAACAAAUCCCUCACUCUACUGACAAAACACAUGAAGUGCUUUCAGCCGGUUCCGGGUGUGACCAGACAGCAUCAGGAGACUCGGAAUUGAGGACAAUUUUGGAAGAAAAUGCUCUCCAAGCUUUGACUGAGGAGUCGGUUUUAAAAAGACCCCGGCUGGUUUACUACGAGGAGGUAGGUGACACUGACCUUAUGUCACUUACCUUCCCGAAAAAACUCUGGAAAAUCGUUGAGAGCGAUCAGUUUGCAUCCAUCCGGUGGGACGAGGGUGGAAACUGUGUAGUUAUAGAUGAGGAAUCCUUUAAGAAAGAGGUGCUGGAGCGGCGCGGUCCCUCCAGGAUUUUUGAAACUGACUGCAUGAAAAGUUUCAUUCGGCAGCUGAAUCUGUAUGGUUUUAGCAAAAUCCGCCAAGAUUUUCAACGAUCUGCCUCUCUUUCUGAAUUCAUUGCUGAAGAAAAAGGAGCAGUUUCAAUGACCAAGUUUCAGUUUUACCAUAACCUGAAUUUCAGAAGAGAUUACCCUCACCUGCUGCCCAGAAUGAAGCGAAGAGUUGGCAUUAAAAGUGCGAUUCCUAAUCUUAACUGCACAGAAGGGGAUUCCAGUAGUGACUUCCCUGUCAGUGGGGGGACACCAGGAGGCCCAAGACAACUAAUACAGACAUUAGCUGUACAGCAGAACAACUUAGUGUCACCUACGAGGGAAAGUGAGCAAAAAUUUGCAUUUGAAAAUAACCUCAGCAAUCAACGAGUCACCAAUACUGGGAACACAAAUGGUCCUAGCAAUCCGGCUCCCCCUGCCCUUGCAGUAAGACCAGCCGACCAUAUAGCUACAGAGCAAAGCACUAAAGUAAACCAAAUGACUCAGUUUCAUCCGUCACAACAUGGCGGCCUGAUCCGGGCUGGCAAUCAUGCUGUGGAGACUAGCAGCACCACUUCAGCCACCUCAGUGUACCAUCUCAUGCCCCCCAUGGCUGCUGGUUUUGGACCUAUGAUGGGGAUGCCAGGUUUCCAAGGCAUGUACCCAGACCUUGCUGCGGCGGCCGCCCAAGCACACCUGGCCAGCUUGUUGCCAUUUUGCAAUCCGUGGUUCUCCAUGCCCAUGAUGGCGGCUGCAUCUGCUAUUUCUAUGUCAUCGGGCUCUUCGGUCCACCAUCACCGGCCUCCUCCACACCAUCACCACUGCCCCAACUGCAACUGUCAAGGAGGUAGUGGAUCUUCCACAAGAAGUGGUCCCAGAAACAGUGAUUAUAUGACAGGGCCACACAGAUAA